AUGCAGCGGUUUAUUUCUGAAUCAACAGCGGAACAGGUUGCUGCUGCAAUCGAACUCCCUGACAGUCUUAUCGAUGCCUUCUCUCGGGCGACGUAUGCCACUGUUGGGCCAUCCGCGGAUGCUUUUGCGGCAUUUGCGAAGUCAUAUCUCCCCGAGGUAGAUUCCUGGGUUGCCGCAUUUGAGGCAAGACGCCACCCAUUCGCAGGCAAGUUGCCAUUCUUGAAUUUCUGGUAUGUUGCGUUCAGUAUACUCUGUUACUUCGCCUGUGUCGUUGUGCUGCUGGUCAUCUCAAAGAUAUUGGGAAAAGGCAAAUACCGAUUGCUCCUCCUCGCGCACAACUUAUUUCUCUACGCAUUGUCGCUCUACAUGAGUGUUGCAAUAUUUGUUAGUGCACGCGCGGCUAACUACUCCCUGUGGAACAAUGCAGCUGGAGAGAGCCAUGCGGAAUGGCGACUAGCAAAGCUUCUCUGGCUCUUCUACAUGAGUAAGGUUCCUGAGUGGGUGGAUACAUUUGUCAUGUGCCUGAAGCGGAACACCCAUCAGAUCACUUUUCUACAUUUGUACCACCACUCCAGCGUCUUCUUACUCUGGUAUGUUACCUGCGCUCUUGCCCCGGGUGGCGAGGCAUACUGGAGCGCCCUGGUAAACUCCUCCGUGCACGUCAUUAUGUACGGAUACUACUUCCUCACUACCCUUUUUGAGGAGGGGAAAAUCAGACGCUUCUUGAAUCGGUUUAGGUUUUUCAUAACAAAGGGUCAGAUGGUGCAGUUUGGUGUGAACUGCAUACAGUCUGUGUAUGACCUAUACAUCGUUCCCCGUGAGAAGCUUAACUAUGAUGCGGGUCUUCUGCAGGUCCUCUUUGUGUACAUGCUGACACUCCUGGUCCUUUUUGGAAACUUCUUGCUCACCGCACCCAAGCGCGAUAAUGCUCCAGUACAUCUGAAGCCAGCGCGGUCCCGCGGCGAGCCCUCGAAGACGAAGAACGGCUCCAGCGCGAAGGCGAGCAAGAAGCAUCCGGGUCCAGCGUAUCAAUUGAAGGAGCAACCUGUCUUUGUGGACUCCAGGAAGAGUCAGGGUCGUGCUGGACGAGGGGGGAAAAACAAGAAGAACUAG